AUGGACGUUGUUAUUGUUAAUGCCGGACUUCUAAUUUACUCAUCAUAUGAUAGCGAGGGGGAGAAGGAAGAUAUGAUGUUGGAGGAUGUGAACCAGGCACUUGGUCUUGAUCUUUGGAGCUACAUUCACCAUAUCAAGGAGAUUGUCUACCUCAAUAUUCGAAAGGCAUUUCAAUCGAACUUGCCAAGGAUUCAUGGGCUAGGCUAUGUAGAUUUUCUUUUAAGCAACCUGGAGAAGUUCCAAGGUUGUUAUUCAGGUUCACUCUCUUCUGUUAUAAACCAACUUCAAAUCAUUCAAAAGGAACUUGAAAACGCACAACUUUUUCUUGAGAAUGUUGUCGAACAACAACAAAACAAGCACAACAAAUUUCAACAUUGGGCUAUGCUACUGAUUGGUAAAGCAUAUGAAGUGGAAUAUGUAGUUGAUGCUUGCAUAAGAAAAGAAUUUCCUAGUGCCCUGAUGAUGAAUGAAGAAAUAGUGGACUUUGAAGACACGACAUUAUGA